AUGGCUCUGUUGGUCCUUGGCAGUGUCCUGGACAGCCCGGGCCGGCUGGACGAGGAGCACCGGCUGAUCGCCAGGUACGCUGCAAGACUCGCCGCCGAGGCUGCCAACGCUCCCCGCCCGCCCUCGGACCUGGGCUUCAGCUUCGAUGCCAACAAGCAGCAGCGGCAGCUGAUCGCGGAGCUGGAGAACAAGAACAGGGAGAUCCUGCAGGAGAUCCAGAGGCUCAGGCUGGAACACGAACAGGCCUCUCAGCCCACCCCCGAGAAGGCCCAGCAGAACCCCACCCUGCUGGCUGAGCUCAGGCUGCUACGGUAAAAACCAGCCCUGGGGGGUUUGGGGG